AUGACUCACAAGAGAAAAAAGGGUGAUCAACGUGCAUUCGCCGAUCUUACAAGAAGCGAGAAGAGAACAAAAGUCGACAACAAAUCAAAGGAACACUUUAGUGAUGAAAUUAGAAAGAGUGCUAAACAAAAGAAGGAGGAAUUGAAGGAAGCCGAAAUUGCUUCUGUGCCACGUUCAAUUAUUGUUGUUAGAGGUAAAUAUAAACCAGAGCCUUUGAGAAAUUUGUGUGCCGAUAUGAGAAAAAUUAUGCUUCCAUACACAGCCAAGGAUUUGAAUGAUUCUGGAAAGGCUAAAGUUGUGGAUUAUGUUGAAUUUUCAAAGCAAGCACACGUUACUCAUCUCGUAACACUGACGUCAAGUGUUAGUUUAACAAGUUUGAAUAUUUGUAGACUUCCUAAUGGACCAACACUUACAUUUGAAAUUCAAAAUUAUUGCACAAUGAAAACUUUGAGAAGCUUCUUUUUAAAGGAACUGAACCAUCAAAUUUCUUGUGAUGAAGCAACCUUCUUUAAAGAUCCUGCCAUCUGUAUUCUUAACAAUUUUACUUCCAGUGAGAGUCACAUUCAAUUGAUGUCACUCACAUUCCAAAAUAUGUUCCCUCCUGUAGAUGUUAAAUCCUUCAAACUUGCUCAUGUGAAGAGAGUUGUUUUGUUUAACUAUGACGAAGAUGAUGAAACAAUAGAAAUGAGACAUUAUGGUAUCAAAAAGACAUCUGAUGUCAUUACUCCAUUCAGAUUAAAUACAUUGAAGAAGAAUGCUGCCAAGAAAGUGAGCGAAUUUAAAAAGAAAUUGGAUAAAGUUAAGGAAGAACUUCAAGAACUUUACAAACAAAGAAAGGAUAUGAAACAAAAACUUGGUAGCAAAGCUGAAGAAAAAAUCAAAAAGGCUGAAAAGAUUGAAGAUCUUUCAGAUCCAUAUGUUUCUCUUGAAGCUGAUAUUGCUCUCAAAGAAAAGUCCCUCUUAUAUUAUAAAGAAAAGGAAGCUGCUGCAAAUAAGGAAUUCAUGGCUCUCAACUCUAGGAAUGAAGUAGUUGCUGCUAAGGCUGCCAACUCUGACAACAAAUUCCAAGCUGAAGCUGUUGAAGUAGAUGAUAACUUUGAAGCCAACUCUAGAUCUAAAGUCAAGGUUCGUUUAGAAGAAAUUGGACCUAGAUUGACACUUAAAUUGAGAAAGGUAGUUGAAGGUGUUUUCACAGGAGAAACUAUUUAUCACGCUCUCUUUGAAGAUAAACCAGCUGAUAUUAAGGAAGCUGAAAAGAAGGAAAGAGAUGAAAAGAAGAAACUUAAGGAAGAACGUAGGAAGCAACAAGAAGAAAAUGUCCAAAGAAAGAAGAAGGAAAAGGAGGAUAAAGUUGAAAAACAAAAGAAUGACUUUUUACAAAAAUUCCAAGAAACCCUCGAAAAGGAUAGUGAACUCUUAGUGGACGAUGAUGAACAAGUUGACGAAGAUGUAGAUGAAGAUGCCGAUGAAAAUGAUGAAAUGUUUGAAGGAGAUUUGGAUUUGAAUGAAAUGAUUGACGAUGAUGAAGAAGGUGAUGAUAUUGAAGUUGAUGAGGACUAUGAAAAAGAUAUUGACGAUCAAGACGAUGAUGAAGAUGAAGAAUAAAUCAUCUUCUGAAACUUUAAUUUACUUUCACUUUCUCUUAUUAAAUUGUUUCACCAAGUGGAAGUGAAUCAACGUAAGUUCAUUGAAAAACAAUGGAAGUCCUGAAACCAACAAAUAAAAAUGGCCCAAACCUGCAAGAGUAUUUUGGUAUU